AUGGGUAAGAAGAAAGGAAAGGUAUCUCAAAAAAUUCAAAAUCCUAACCUCAAAAAAGAUACUGAAAUUAAAACCGAUAACAAUAAAUCUGGUGAUAAAAAAAGCACUGUAUCGGAAAAAGUUACCUGUAAUAAUACUCAAAAUGAAGAUAAAAAGGUGGUGCAGGAAUCUGAUCAAAUUUCUAAUGAACCUCAAGAAGUUGAACAAAAUAUUGAGCCUGUAGCUGAAUCCUGGGAUGAUAUUACUGAAGUGCCUCCAUUACGAAGAUAUGAGGUGACUCCAUCAUCAAGCGGUGCCACACAAUAUGAAAAUUGGAGAUCAACUGUGCUUACGGCUAACCCAAACAGGUCUCUUGAUAUCGAUUACGAGAAUACUACAUUAAAAUUUUCUGAAGAAUCUAAAGACUUGUUCACAGUUUCUGAAGACUACUCUCUAUGUCAUUGCGUUGCUGAAGACUUUACAAUGGGUGCAGGUAUUGCUGUACUGUUUCGUGAUAAAUUUGGACAAGUUGCAGAAUUAUUACAACAAAGACCCAAAACCGGUGGUUUUGCAUACCUUAAGGAUAAAAAUAGGUUUAUAUACUAUUUAGUAACAAAACAGAGAAGUACUGGUAAACCUCGUAUAGAGGAUCUCGAAUCAUCAUUGACACAAAUGCGGGAUCACAUGUUGGAAAACAAUGUGACUAAAUUAGCUAUGCCAAAGAUUGGUUGUGGCUUAGACAGACUGCAAUGGCAUGAUGUGUCCAGAUUGAUACGAAAGAUAUUUCACAACGAUUCGUUAGAUAUCCUAGUGUGUUCUGUGGAGCAAACUGAGCCUACCGAGCCAAAUGAUAUUACAAGUCCACCAAAAGAUACGCACGGUAAUCAAACACCGUUUGUUUCCUCUAUCCCAAAUUGAACCGGAAACAUUGCUUGUCUUCACAGUCUCAACCCAA